AACAAGGUCCGCGACGCGGUCUGGGAGCUUCCGCCUCCACGGGAUUUAUGUCAUCUUUCUCCGUGUUUCCACGUACUUGGCUGUGAGCAACAAUCCCUGUCGCCGCCUUCCCGGGACGCAUUCCCACGUCUGAGGAGGGUUUCGGGCGGAGAUGAGCAGUGAAGCAGAUUUUCUCUUCCAAAAUGACUUUACAAGCUCUGGUUUUUUGUUUGGCAUAUUCUGGGAUUGGAAAGGCAAAUGUGGUUCCGCAGGCUGGACACACAACAGUGAGGAUGGGUGACAGUGUGACUCUGAGUUGUGCCCUGACAAAACCCAUGGAUGUUCUGCAAGUGACAUGGCAAAAGGACUCAGAAGAAUUACAUGAUAAUAUAGCUACAUACAGUGAAACAAACGGAUUAAGGAUUCAGAAGUCCUAUGAAGACAGAAUGAAUUUCACAAGUUUGGAACUCAACAAGACAAGCAUAACUUUUUGGGACACCAGAAUGGAUGAUUCAGGAUGUUACAAGUGCCUCUUCAAUGUUUUCCCUUCUGGUCCUCUCUCAGGAAAUACCUGCCUGAGUGUUUUUGGUCUCAAUGCAUCUGUCCAUCACAACAUUUCUGAAGAUUAUCUGAUAGUCAUCUGUAAUGCUAAUGGCCUCCCAGAGCCCACCAUCACCUGGAACAACCUGUUCAACUCAACUCCUACACAGAAGACAGUCAAGCACAAAAAUGGGAUUGUGUCCAUCACCAGUACACUGGAAAUCUACAAUAUUCAGAGCAUCAGGGCACAGGAUUUGAUCUGCAAAGUAAGCAACACAAAUGAAACAUUUGAAAUGCCUGUGAAAAUAAAAGGAGAAGAGGGAUCGUCAUUGCUUUGGCUGGUGAUUAUUGUGGUGCUUUUAGUAGUCAUGAUAGUUCUGAUUCUGUUCUGGAGGAAGAUCCUAUGCAGGAGGAGUUGAAGUGGUUUCCACCAAAGUGUGGAAACUUGUGGUUUUCCUAGAGCCCAUAAUAAGGUCUGAUCAUCUGCAGAGAAGAACAAGACUUUGUUGGGAUACUGUCCGGUUUGGCUGUCUGUCUCUGCCCAGACACCGGUAGGGUGGUUCUUGGGCGGCCCGCUCUUCAAAGGAUGAGUCUGGACUCUUCAGUUUUUCGAUCUUCUGAUUGUUUAUUGUUUCUUAUCUACAGGAUUUUCUUUCUGCCCAACAGAGGUCUGACCUGCAAGGCAGCCAAGGGCACUCUGACCACCCACGGGGCGGUCAUGUCUUUUUAUACUAAAAUCUAUGUAUAUAAUAUUUACCUUUAUUUCCCAGUACUUUUCACCCAUAUUAGCAACUGCACCUUCACCAUGAACCAAUCCCCAAGUGCCAACAUCACCACAGAAAAUGGAUGACAAGAAGAAGAAAGAAGAAGGAUGAGAUAUGCCCUGAUCCCUCCAUCUUGUCUGCAUAACCCCCCUGUACCAAAAACCCUAAAAUCUAAAUUUCACCCUAUAAAUGUGGUUUUUUUGCACCACUCACUCCCAAUGACUCUCAUGUCCUCAAACAGGUGUCACUUCCUUUUUGUCCUGUCUCCAGUAUUCUUUUGUUUUGGUCUUUUAAAAAGCAAAUGCAUAUCUCAGAAAGCAGAAAACUAAGACUGUUGUUAUUUCUUGUUAAGUGGAUAAAAAAUCAGCUAAGAGCUUGUUGUUUUAAUAAUCUUAUAUUUUAGAGGACAAGAAGUUCAAAGGAAUAGUUCAACAUAAAUUCUUUAAAAUACAUGAUUGUUUUGGCUCAAGUCAAGUAAAUUUCAAGUCAUACCAUUUUCCAGCUAAUGUCAGUGAAUAUUGAGAUGAGCCUUUUGAUUAAUAGUAGUCAAAUGAAGUGGUAAUGUCUAACCAGGGAGGAACACUUACACUCAGCUGUUGGGUAGAGCUAUUUGCAGGCAGCAAAACAUAGCUGGUCUUUCGAUCUUUCGAUCCUUUGAAGGAUCGAAAUCAAGCCACCAGACACUCCUGGCAACAUUCCAGGAUUUCCGAGCCCCCCAAGGGUUCUCUCGGUAACAAUGGACAUCCGGAGUGAUGUGCUGAGUUCCCACAGGAUACCAUUUGGGGGUUUGAGAGUGUCAUACUGGACAACUUAGUAAUAAUAAAUAAAAAUAGUAAACUUAGUAAUAAUAAAUAAUAAUAGUAAUAUGUUGACAGUUUUCAGGGUUGCCUCAGUUGCAUGUAAAUUUAAUAGCUGUUUUCCCACUGCCAAAGGACAAUCCAAGACUGAGAAUUGUGAGGGAAGGAUCCAAGCAGAGCAUGAUGCACUUUCUUUGGUUGAAAGUAGCAAUUUCAGCAGAAGUAAUUCACUCAUUUCAAAUUUUCCUGGAAGCCUACAAAGUGCAGUAUGCUCAGAUAAUUUUUUGGCGGAUCAAGUAAACAUUGGUGAGGAACCCACUCAUGCAGAGUGAUGUCCCUUCAGGGGAAUCAUUUUCUACUGGUUAUGGCACCAUCUUUGUAUUUUUUAAGAUAAAUGGUAAUAUGAUUAAGAAGUGUGCUCAAAUUUGGCUUGAGUGUGCUUUCUAAUGAUGAGAUAAGAAGUUGCAGUAUAAAGUCAGUGUAAUGUCUCUGAGUGUGUAAUAACCUGGUCACGGAUAUAUUCAAUUCUCUAGUCUUAAUUUAUAGUAACAUAAUGAACAGAAAAAGACUGGAGGGCAGGGGGUGAUGAGGGGGGACACCAUAAGCUUCAGAAAUCACAGAAAUUUGACGGUAGUUGGUGGUUUCACUGUUGUUGAACUAAAUCCACAUUCCAUGUCUGGCUUUAAUAUAUUUAGAAACACCAGCACAUAUUUACUCACUUCCUGGCUAAAUACUUGCUUCAGGGCUAUAAUACAAUAUAAAGAAAUGUUUCAAGGAGUAUCACACCUAUCUAUGGUGAAUUUAGACCUACUAUUAAGGUCUAAAUUCAUAGACCUACUAUGAAUUUAGCAUCUACUAUUAAGAGGGUUUGACCUAAUGAAUCUGCUAUUACCAGAGACACAAAAGUCUCCACUGAGAAGAAAGAGAAAUGAACACUUACUGCACCCCAGAUAGAAUGUCUUAAUUGUAAAAUGUAUGUGAGGCUUUCAUUGAUCCUAUAAACAACUCAGAAGAUAAACUUUCUGGUUGAAUUUUCAGACCAACCUGGAAUUUAAAGUGCAAGGAGUUUGUUCUUAAAUCCUGCUUUUUAAAGGAUCAGAAGAAAAAUGUGAAAUGCUUAGAAUAAAAAUGUAUCUUUACUCUAGAACAACCAUUCCAAUCAGAAAUGAGCUUGUACGAAGAAUACCAUGAAGGAGAGACCUUGAGAUGGAGGUGAUCUGGUAGAGCUUUGGGAUCACUCCCUGGAGCAGAUCUGAGACUGACCAGGAAAAGAGAGUGCCAAAAAGCACAGGUGCUGCUUUGCAGUGUUUUGAAGCCCCUUGGCUUCUUGCAUGGCAGAUGAGAAACACGCUGACAUGCUGCAUCUGUGCUGGGGCCUGAAGCUGGACCAGUGCCACUCAGUGAAAGGCUGCUUGAUAGGACCAGGUUUUCAUGUUUGAAGUAGGCUGAGGAUCUUAACACGUCCUAGCAUGAUUCUGGCCCAUGGAUAUUAGUAGUUCCCUGGGCAAUGCCAUCGAAUGGGUUCAGUGAUAAUUUGUAACAGGGUCAUCCCCAGCAGGCAGCAGGUUUCUUACACCUUACACCACCCUAGGUAUUGGGCUUGGAGCCCAAGCCAUUUUGUGCAUCCUUCUUCCCUGACAUGGCUCAUGUAAGACAUUAUUUAUUGCUGCGGAGACGCCGCUGUGAUGCACAGCAACAGAGCCUACAGUAUCCCUUAUAUGGGAAACUGAACAGAUCCCCCUCCCCUGCCUUUUAAGGAAAGCAUAAGACACAGAAAAGCAUUAGUUUCAACUGAAAGCAUUGUGCCUCUUUUUCCUUAGCUAGAGGCUCAAAGCUUUAAGUCCCUCUGUGUCUCCAAGUGAAAUGGCAUCUCAUGCCCUGCUGUCUGGGAAGACAUCAAGAUUCCUGGCACCACAUGCAUGCCAACUGUCACAAGGUCAAGACUUAAUGUAAAUCCCUAUUCGCUGGAGCAGAGGACAUAAAUUAGAUGAGCACUGUUUAGUAGUGGGUGUUUGUUGGAUUAAAGUUUAUCAAGAAAAGCAGGAUUUGAAUGACAUCAGUUAUUUGUAUUCCUUCCCAUUUUUCAUGGGUUUUGUUUAACUGUGAUGCCAGGAUGUGAUUUCUGCAGUGAGGUUGUAAGUCAUUAAGUCUCUGUUCGUUUAAUGUAGUCCAGUUUUUAUUAGGCAUAGUCUGUAUCUUUUCAGUUGCUCUUUGGCCUUUAGUUUCAAAAAUGUAUUGCACUGACCUGGAUCAGUUUUGAAUAAAGGCACCUGUUGUGUUGUGUCUGUAUAA